UAAAAGGUUUAAAUAAUUUUGUUUUCAAGGAAAAAAAAAUGAUGUAGUUGGUCAAAUUUCGCCAUCAUCGUCAAUAAUCAAUAAUGGAAUGAUAUAUUGAUAUGUGAUAUCGUUAUCCCUCUUCCAAAGUCCAAAUCCAAAUCCAAACCCUAACAAUUCAUUUAAAAUCCCUUCCAGUGAUAAUGUAAUCGAAACUAGUAAUAGGGAAUUAAUUAAUUAAUAAAGAUUUUGCUUUUAAUUAUUCAUCAGGAUUCGGAUGUAGGCUUUGGUGGUAGCAACUAGCGCCAAGUUAAUCCCACGUUUGAGCCUACUGAUAGGCGUAUACCAAUUUCUUUUUUUUAAUUUUGGUAAAAACCAAAAUAAAAAAAGAAAGGGAAAUGGAAGGGAAUUCAGGAGGAGGGGGAGGCAGUAGCGGCGGAACAGACAGAGGAGGAGGAGGAGGAGGAGGAAGAGAAAGGGGAGGAAACGACGUGGAGCUGGUUUGCAAAACACUUCAGGUAGAACACAAGCUGUUCUACUUCGAUCUCAAGGAGAACCCACGCGGGCGUUAUCUGAAAAUCUCCGAAAAGACAUCGGCUACCAGGUCCACCAUCAUCGUCCCUUCCUCUGGCAUCUCUUGGUUCCUCGAUCUUUUCAAUUACUACGUCAACCCCGACGACCGCGACCUCUUCAGCAAGGAAUUGCAGCUCGACACUAAAGUCUUUUACUUUGACAUUGGCGAGAACCGGAGGGGUCGUUUCUUGAAGGUAUCUGAAGCAUCUGUCAGCAGAAACCGAAGUACCAUUAUUGUGCCUGCAGGAAGUACCAGGGAUGAAGGGUGGGCAGCAUUCAGGAACAUAUUGGCUGAGAUCAACGAGGCAUCAAGGCUCUUCAUAUUGCCAAAUCAGCAAAGUUCUGAACCUUCAGAACGUCUUGUUGGGCUUUCAGAUGAUGUAGGGGCUGGCUUCAUAUCUGGACUCAGCCAGCCUGCUUCAAUUUCUGAACUGAAUGCAGACAGAUCGGUUGAAUUGGCAGCGCAGGAUGAAAUUGGUAACAUGGGGGUGUCAAAGGUGAUCAGAGCUGAUCAGAAGAGAUUUUUCUUUGAUCUUGGGAGCAACAACAGAGGACACUUCUUGAGGAUAUCUGAAGUUGCAGGUUCCGAUCGGUCUUCCAUCAUUCUCCCACUGUCAGGAUUAAAGCAGUUCCAUGAAAUAUUGGGUCAUUUUGUGGAGAUAACGAAGGAUCGCAUUGAAGGAAUGAUUGGUGCAAAUGUUCGAACAGUGGAUCCACCUCAAAGGAGAAUGCCAGUAGAAUUGGUGAAAUAAAUAAUUCUGAUUCUCUCAAGUUUGCUUCCAAUCCUUGAUAGUUGUUUGAUAAGAGGUGCUUGCGCUCUGUUAUUUACAUCCUUCUGCUCUCAUUCAAGCCUGAAAAUAAUCCGAUUUUAUCUGUUUGGUUGACAGAGAAAUAUUGGACAUAUUUGUGAAGCUUUAGAUUCAUAGAAAUAACAAACAACAGUUAGAUAAUUGUAAUUUGUUAGUUUGAUAGUGUGGCACCCACAUUACUUUCUCAAUAAUGCUUAUUUCAUGUGUUUUUUUUUUC